UUGAAAUGAUCCGAGUACCUGAUUGGGCAUUUGAAGCUGCAGGUCAAGAAACAAGGAGUAUGGCCCAAGAUGCUGCAUAUCAUCUUGGACUUUACCUAACUCCAGCCCAGCUUCUUUCGAAAUCCUUCAUUCUCUCUCUUGCAACAGCUUCUGCCGAAAACGUCCGCACUUGUUCAGCUGCCGGUGGUGGUUUCUGGUGACUGCAUCGGUGGUUUUUGGUGACUGCAUCGGAAAGGAAGAAGAAAAAGAAGGUGAUUGUGUUAGGAUUUUGAUAGGUUCUCUCUCGAUCGUUCAUUCUUGCAAAGUUUUCCACUAUUCUCUUUCUCUUGCAACAGUUUCUCUCUCUGCAUUAUUCUGAAAAAGGUGCCGAUCACAAGCAAGGUCAGUUCUCGCCUCCAUCAAUGCACUUUUCAAAUAUAUGGUUCAUUUUUCAUUAUUCCUACGAUUAUUAUUUCUAUCUCUAUCUUUAUUGUUCAAUCUAAGCGUAAUAAGGCAUAGAUCUAGAAAUCACGGUGUUCAUUUAUUUCUUGUCUAUUUUCAUAUGAUAUGUAGUUUGUGCUGGAAUUUCUAAUUCUUAUUGUGCCUUGUUCGUGCGCAGAUUCUAUAUUCUGUAUGAAUGAUCUGUCUAAAUGUUAUUUACUAGUUGUUUAUGAUCUUCCUGUUGUUUUUGUCUUGUUCUUCUUUAGAGUGAGAAAAUCUUAUCAAUUUAAGAAUUUAGUUGCUGUUAAAACAAGACAUUGAGACAUUUAAGAUUGAACUUUUUUAUGUUAUUAUAUAUAUACUCUGAUGAACCUUAUAGAAAUAGAGAAAAAAGAGACUUUUUGCUAUGGUUUUCAAAAUGCAGUAAUGAUGAAGCUGGAUUGACAAUGAUAGCAUAGCAUUAGCAUAUAUUCUGCUGGUUUAAACUUUAAAGUGAUAUCCUUGCUCUUAUUGAAUACAAGAAUUUUGGUAUCUCCAAUAAUCUGAUAUGUCUCUGCCUUUUCCAUUACACUAUAUGAUACGGUUUCCAAACUUUCUAGGGAUAACUCACAGUACACCAGAUUUGCCAUUUAUCUUGACAUAAUUUCCCUUUCCUAAUUGAGCUAUUUCAGCUAGGUUUCACUUAAUUUAGUUUGCUAUAGUUUACUCCUAUAUCGAACAUAAAUGUCCAAAGCUGAACUUAAUGAGAAGAGGUCUUCUUAUUGCAGGAUUUCAGACUUUAAGGUGCUCAUGACACUUUUAAAAUCCUUGUACCAUUAUUAAAGACUAUAUAUAUUAGCAAUGUUAGUAAUUGGAAAUUUGUUGAUACAAUACUAAAUAGAAUAUGGACCAUGGUAUUCAUUCCUUGAUGGGGUUUAAGUUCAUAAACGCCUUCUAAUUUUAGGCUUCUAGGAAUUUAAGUUCACCCCCGCUUUCUUAUUUUAGGCUGCCUUUAGGUGUGAUAAAAUUAAAAUAUAUAAGUCAAGAAAAACUAAUUUUGUAAUAUUGAACUAUGCCUAAACUAGAGUGCAGAAUACUACACUACCACUACUCCUAAGAAAACACAAUAAAAGACUAUAUAAAAACUAUGAAGAAGAUAAAAUAGCAACUCAUUUUUCAUUUAUUGAUUUCCUCAUAGAGGAAUAUAUUUAUAUAAUAAUCCUAAUUGACCAUGUAUGAAUAAACCAUAUAUUUAUGAGUACACCAGAUAUGUGCAAAUUACUUAAAGCAUGUAUGAAUAAACCAUAUGUAUGAGUAAUAUAUAUUUUUUUGCAGAUGUAGGGUGUCCUAGCAUUGUGUCAUACAUGAAUGUUGGUUUGAAACUAAAAGCAUGUAUGUAUUAAGUUUGUGUUACAAUCGUAUAUGAAUAAACCAUAUGGAGUUCAACUGAUAAAGAAAAAAAUGAAUAUAAUCAGAUCCAGUCUAGAAACACUAAAUCAGAAGUAAAAAAAAAAAAAAUCCAAUCUUCUCCUUAAAGAAAAGAAUAAUGUAGAACUUAAAUAACACAACUUGCAUUUCCUGUUUAUAGAAAAUGAAUAAACCAAUAUUCUACCAGAAAUGCCACUGGGUUAGCUCAAUAAUCCAAUAAAAGAAUCAAUUACUGUUGGAUGUGAUGAAUCCUUAUAUUUAAUACAUAACAAUGAUAUAACAGUAAACAAAUUGAAAUAAUUAAUUACAUGAAUGACUUAAUUAACUGACCUUGAAAGGAUUGAGUGAAGAUAAGUAUUAUCUAUCCAAAGUCUCAAACUCAGAAGAACCUCCCAUGAAUCAAAACCUCAGGCAAGCAAAAAUCAAAACCUUCUUCAAGAGCUCCCGAAUCCUUGUCAGAUAUGCUUUUAUCCAUUCUCAAGCCGACAACAACCCUGCCAUGUGCCUCCAUAAAAAAUUGAUCAAGCAAAGUUUCAGGAUUCUUCAUAUAUUACGUAGCUAGAUUCUUUUUCAAAGAGUUUUUUGGUCAUCAAACAAAACAUUAGUUAUAGUAUUUUUAAUGAGUAAAGUUUCAUAUAUUUAGCAUAAGUUUCCACUAGUACAUAUGCAUGUAUGUAAAUAAAUAUACUGCCCCUCCUCGUAUUCGUACAUCUCUGCAACUGUGAACUAGUUCAUUGAUCUCAGCUUUUCCAGCCAUAUGGAGUUACUUAAAGCAUGUAUGAAUAAACCAGCAUGAUAUGAGCGUAAGAAAUUACUUAUGUCUGAAACAAUAUAUAUUAUAGCCAAGACACCCUACAUCUGCAACUCUAUUUAUUGUAAUGAUAUAUUUUCAUUAUAGUAGUAAUUUUAAAUACAGGUUUUCUAUUUAUUAAUUCUUUAUAAUUUUUUGAGCACACGUCAGUAGGACUGAAUUUUAAAUUAUUUUAUACUCCUUUAAUUUAUUUCUUUUUAUUAUAUGUCCGCUUUUGAAAGCAAAAUUUAUUUUUAUGUAAUUGAUAUAUUGGUCCUGGGUCUUAUAGUAGAGCCUUAAACCUGAACCAGAUGUUAAAUUGUUAAUACAUGGCUUCUUAGCUAGGAUAAAGAGUACACUGGUGCUACCAAGUUAAACAAUAUAAUUAAGAUGGAUAUAUCCUGGCAUUGAUUAGUGUUUCAAUAUAUAAACAUAAAAAAGAGAGGACUACAUACGAAGGAAGAAAGUGCAUAUACGUGGUCCUUUUCUACCUUCACAUCUUGCUUUGUCUUUUUUUUUUCUUGAGUAUGACACAUGUUUGAUAAGAGAUGGUAAUGAUGUAUUUGAAUUUCUAUUGAUUGUUCAAUUGAAUUUUUAUCAUUAUUCUUGAUAAGCAUAUGCAUCAACUGCCUAAUUAAUCCUUUGUUAUUAUAUUACUUUUCUUUUAGUUAUAUAGUGUGGAUAGUCAAGAAAUGGAAAGUAGUAUAGUUGAUGCUUUGGCUACUUCAAGAAAACGUAGAAGAGAUGAAGAGGAGGAAGAAGAACUUGAACAAGUAUUUUUCAUUAUUGUUAGUGUUGUCACUAUGCUUUUGGGUGCACUGACUUGGUAUCAUGACAAGUAUUUUGUUAAGGAACCUACCCAAAAUUUGGAAUUAGAAAGGCAUAGUUUCCUCAAUCGUCUAUACAGGGGAACAGAAACUGAUUGCAUUGAACAAUUAAGGGUCAGUAAAAAGACAUUUUUUAAGCUUUGUAGAAUUUUACAAGAGAAAGGGCAAUUGGUAAAAACAAAAAAUGUUCCUAUAGAUGAAGUUGUGGCAAUGUUUUUGCAUAUCCUUGCUCACAACCUAAAGUAUAGAGUUGUGCACUUUAGUUAUUGUAGAUCCAUGGAAACAAUUAGUAGGCAAUUCAAGAAUGUCCUGCGAGCUAUAAUGAAAGUAAGCAAAGAAUAUUUGAAGUUUCAUGAGUAUAAUCUAGAGGGCUCGGUGGAAAACAAAUGGAGAUGGUUUAAGAAUUCGAUUGGAGCACUUGAUGGGAUGCAUAUUCCAGUAACAGUUUCUGCAGAAGAUAGACCUAGAUAUCGUAAUAAAAAAGGUGAUAUCUCUACAAAUGUUUUAGGAGUUUGUGGUCCAGAUUUAAGGUUUAUAUAUGCGUUGGCCGGGUGGGAAGGGUUAGCAGGAGAUUCUCGAGUAUUGCGAGAUGCUUUGCGUCGUCAAAAUUGUCUCCAUAUACCAAAUGGUAAAUAUUUUCUUGUGGAUGUGGGGUAUACAAAUGGCCCUGGAUUUUUAGCACCUUAUCAAGGGACUAGAUAUCAUCUUAAUGAGUGGAUCAGAAACACUCCUCAAAAUUACAAGGAGUUAUUUAAUCUUCGUCAUGCAAGUGCAAAGAAUGUUAUUGAAAGGUCAUUUGGGGUAUUGAAGAAAAGAUGGAGUAUAUUAAGAACUCCUUCUUUUUUUGAUAUAAAAACACAUAAGAAUUAUUAAUGCUUGUUUCAUGCUACAUAAUUUCAUAAGAAAUGAACAACAUAGUGAUCCAAUUUUGGAAGCCCAAGACUUGGAACUUUUAUCUGUUGUUGACAAUGAGUUAAUCAAUCAACAAAUGGAAAGAGUCACAAAUAAUAUUGGAGAUGAAGUCACAACUAUCCAAGCAACUGAGGAAUGGACAAGAUUUUGUGAUACUUUAGCAAUGAAUAUGUUUGCCACCUAUCAAAUAAGAAGAAACUUUGAUUAGGGAGAUGUUUUUAGUGGAUUUGGAUUUUGUUUCUUAUGUGUAAUUGACUCUAUACUCAUGUAUGUGUGAUACUUUGGAUUUUUGUAUUUUAUAAUACUUUGGAUUUUGUUUUCUUUUUAUGUGUAGUUAAUUUUAUACUUUCGUAGAAUGCUAAUUUUACAUGUCUCACCUUUCGCAUGGAACUUGGAAAUGGAACGUGUGCUAGCUGAAGUGCUUAGAGAUCAAAGAAAUUUGGGCAAUAAAGGUGAUGGAAAUUGGAAAGCAGUAGCAUAUAGUACUGUAGCUCAAAUUUUGUCCAAGCGUUUUGGAGUUCACCUCAUGGCAGAUAAUGUUAAGAAUCGUUUUAAGCUUUGGAGAACAUGGUAUGGAAUUGUGAGUGACAUUCUUAGUCAAAGUGGAUUUGACUGGGAUAGCACAAAGUACAUGAUUAUCGUUGAAAAUGAAAUUGCAUGGAAUGAAUAUGUUAAGUCACAUGAAGAGGCCAAACGAUUUCGAUUCAAAGUCAUUCCUAAUUGGGAUGAUAUUGUUGACCUAUGUGCAAAGGAUAGAGCUACUGGACUCGGAGCAGAAAAUGCAUUAGAUGCAGAUGAUAUCAUGAGCAAAGAAACAAAUGAAGAGGAAGUAAUUCAUAGUGUGAGUUUUGACUUAGAGGGAUCAAGUUCUGCCACGAGAAAAAACAUUCGCCAAGUAAGAGUGGAGAGAAAGAAGGGAUGAUUUCCUCAAUGAAAGAAGUAGCCGAGUCAUUGAAAGAAUUUGUUGAAGUGACAAAGAAGAAGAUGGAGAUAAAAGAAGCUCAAGAAGUGGUACAUGAAGUG